AAGAUGGAUCUGUAGUUUCGUUUCGAAAACUUAUCAGUGAGCGACACGACUCAUAAAGAAGGCUGUGCAUUCCCCACUACUGGAGUGUUGAAGGCAAGGCAACUGAAAGCGUCAGAAAAUCGAAACGGCGAGUGCAGGUGCACUUGCCGGGUGGGCGGUUGCAGUGGGGUUAUAAGAGUAGACAGUAGUGUGAGGUGUAGUGAGUGUGUGCAUGUACAGUGUUUGUGUGGAAGUUUGUGCCUACCCAGUGUAUCAUUUGUCUCAGAUAUCAGAAUCAACAAGAACUAAACAGUCAUGCUUAGCAGCAGAACGAAACACAUCCUGCAUUGCUGCCUACUGCUUACAGUAAUAGCUGUCUUCGAAAUUUGCACUGGUGGUAUAAGAUUAGGAAGUGACAAGCAACAAGAUUUUGAUCCCUGGGAACGCUACGGGUACUUUGGGGCAUUCUCACUAUACCUCAUACGCCUGCUAACUUUCUUGCCACUGCCACAGGUGCUAUUCAACUUCGCCGGUCUCACCCUGUACAAUGCAUUCCCCGACAAAGUGCCGCUGAAGGGUUCGCCAUUGCUGGCGCCGUUCAUCUGCAUACGAGUCGUUACACGAGGUGACUAUCCGCAACUCGUCCGCAACAAUGUGGCUCGCAAUAUGACAUGCUGCACGGAGGCCGGUCUCGAAAAUUUCCUCAUAGAAGUGGUGACCGACAAAGUGGUUGGGCUAGCAAACCACAGGCGGGUGCGCGAAGUAGUGGUGCCCGCGACCUACCGUCCGAAGAGCGGCGCCCUGUUCAAGGCCCGCGCACUACAGUACUGCCUCGAGGACGGAGUGAACAUACUCGCCGACAACGACUGGGUUGUGCAUCUCGACGAAGAGACUCUGUUGACGGAGAACUCCGUUCGAGGAAUCUUGAACUUCGUCCUGGACGGCAAGCAUCACUUUGGCCAAGGAUUAAUCACGUACGCCAAUGAAGACGUCGUGAACUGGGUCACAACAUUGGCUGACAGCUUUCGCGUUGCGGAUGACAUGGGGAAACUUCGGCUGCAGUUUUCAAUGUUCCACAAGCCGCUCUUCAGCUGGAAGGGUUCAUACGUUGUAACACAGGUGGGCGCAGAACGGCAGGUGUCCUUCGACAACGGGCCGGACGGGUCCGUGGCGGAAGACUGCUUCUUCGCGAUGCGCGCCUACACGCAGGGCUACUCCUUCAAUUUCGUGGAGGGCGAGAUGUGGGAGAAGUCGCCGUUCUCGCUGUGGGACUUCAUGCAGCAGCGGAAGCGCUGGCUGCAGGGCAUCUUGCUCGUGGUCCACUCCCAGGCCAUCCCGCUGCGGCACAAGUGGCUGCUCGCCGUCUCCUGCUACUCCUGGGUCACCUUGCCGCUCUCCACCUCCAACGUGGUGCUCGCGGGGCUCUGCCCCAUCCCCUGCCCACCGCUCAUGGACUUCGCCUGCGCCUUCAUUGGCGCCGUCAACAUCUACAUGUACGUCUUCGGCGUCGUCAAAUCCUUCUCACUCUACCGUUUCGGCAUGUUGCGCUUCCUCAUGUGCAUAUGUGGCGCCCUGUCCACCAUUCCCUUCAACAUCAUCAUAGAGAAUGUGGCUGUCGUUCUAGGCCUCUUUGGACAGAAGCACCGCUUUUAUGUUGUUAACAAAGAGAUCCGGCCACCUAUAACAGUGUAAAGAAAGUGUGUGUGUGUGUGUGUGUGUGUGUGUGUGUGUGUGAGAGAGAGAGAGAGAGAGAGAGAGAGAGAGAGAGAGAGAGAGAGAGAGAGAGAGAGAGA